UGAAACGAAUGUCUGAUUUGACGAUAUACAUCAUUGACAGUACAUUCUGCACUGAUUAUGAAAUCUAUUUGCAGUCAGCGACGCAACAAGGAUUGUUUUAAAUUGUAUAUUUGGAGAACAUUCUUGUUGAAAAACAGGACUUAAAUUGUCAGUGUUAAUUGGAAAGCUAUUCCAUGUAGUAAUUAUGCGUAGGAUUUGUAUAUCAAACAUACCUGGUGACCGUAUUUAGGAGAACUGUUAGUUUUCAGAAUGAAACACGCAGAUAAGGCUCAUACCAUGUUACUGGAGAAUUUAAAAGUAAUAUCGGAACACAGGAGGCGCUCUUUGGCUGCAAACGAAAAUUACAGGCGAAUGUCAACGCUGUCUUCCCCUCAUCAUGUGGGUAGUACAAGCUCAGGACAAGGGCGUGAAUCAGACGGAACAAGCAAUCUAUCAUCAAGAAGCGCCUCGUUACACUACGAUUCUAAAUGUAAAAGAGAUUCUAUUGCAUUUGAGCCACAGGGUUGUUCUGUAAACACAAACAAAUACCAAGCUCGACGGCAGCGGGAUACAUCAAAACCAGAAGUGAAAAUAAUACCCAAUCCAAAUUCAUUAUCAACGUCUGCUUUACCACCGAAUAACUCAAUCACAUCGAUGCAGAUUUCUGUGGAUAUGGGGGUGCCAGGAGAAGCUGGUACAGGGGCAUAUUAUCCAUAUACAGAAAGCGGACCCCCGGACCCUAAUGCUAUUGUAAGGAGUAAGGAAAUGUCCAAACGUGUUGUGUUAAAUGUCGGUGGUGUUAAACAUGAAGUUUUAUGGAGAACAUUGGAUAGAAUGCCUCAUACACGACUUGGCAAAUUGAAAUUGUGUAAUACACAUGAAAGUUUGAUGGAAAUCUGCGAUGAUUAUUCAAUAGUUCAUAAUGAAUAUUUCUUUGAUCGACAUCCAAGGUCGUUUGCUUCUAUUUUAAAUUUUUAUAGAACAGGAAAAUUACAUCUAGUGGAAGAAAUGUGUGUAUUGUCUUUCAGUGAGGAUUUAGAAUACUGGGGAAUAGAUGAACUGUACUUAGAGUCUUGUUGUCAACAUAAAUAUUAUCAAAGGAAAGAACAUGUUUACGAGGAAAUUAGAAAGGAAGCUGAGAGUUUAAGACAAAGAGAUGAAGAAGACUUUGGAACUGGAAAGUGUGCUGCAUGGAGACAAAAAAUAUGGGAUCUUUUGGAAAAACCUACAACUUCUAUGGCUGCACGUACUUUAUCAGAGACAAUUUGGGCCAAGCUCUCACAGGUUGUUGCCAUUGUAUCCAUAUUGUUCAUCGUUCUCUCUACUAUUGCCUUAACUCUCAACACGAUGCCACAGAUGCAGAACAAACCUGGCAAAGACAACGAACAACUGGACAUAGUAGAGGCUGUAUGCAUAGGAUGGUUUACUUUAGAAUAUUUAGCAAGAUUUUGGGCAUCUCCUAAUAAAUGGAAAUUUUUCAAAGGACCUUUAAAUAUAAUAGAUCUUCUAGCAAUUAUGCCAUACUUUAUUAGUUUAGGGUUAACAGAAUCCAAUAAAAAUACAACAGAGCAAUUCCAUAACGUCAGAAGAGUUGUACAGAUUUUUCGAAUAAUGCGAAUUCUAAGAAUUCUGAAACUAGCAAGACAUUCUACUGGGUUACAGUCAUUAGGAUAUACUUUACAAAGAAGUUACAAGGAAUUAGGAUUAUUAUUAAUGUUUCUAGCAAUUUCAAUUUUACUUUUUUCUAGUUUAGCAUAUUUUGCCGAAAAAGAUGUGUAUAAGACAAAAUUUAUCAGUAUUCCCGAAACAUUUUGGUGGGCAGCCAUCACCAUGACGACGGUCGGUUACGGAGAUAUUUAUCCGACCACAGUACCUGGAAAGAUCGUUGGAAGUGUUUGUUGUAUAUGUGGCGUAUUAGUUAUUGCUCUACCUAUUCCAAUUAUAGUAAACAACUUCGCAGAAUUUUACAAAGAUCAAAUGAGACGGGAAAAGGCGCUCAAAAGACGUGACGCAUUAGAGCGUGCGAAACGAACCGGAAGUAUAGUGUCAUUUCAUUCUAUAAAUUUACGUGAUGCUUUUGCUAGAAGUGUUGAUCUUUUAGAAGUUAGCAUAAACGGUAAUAGACAAAAUCAGAGGAGAGAUAGCUGUGAUGGAUAUAGUGAUGAUGGGAAAGGGUCGGGAUCUCCGUGUGUUACCAAGUCUAGCACUGCCACUUUAAAAGCUAGAAAUGAAAGCUGUGAUACAAAAAGUCUUCCUGGCACUCAAAAACAAGGUACCUCUACUGCAACAGAAUCUACAGACGAUUGUCUAGAAAGAAUGGCGUCCUCACAACCUGCACUGAAUAUCAGCCAACAGGAACCAGUGCAAUAUCAACCUACUGCUGAUAACAAUAAUAUCACACGGUGCACAAUUGAAAUGAAGACAAUAGUUAGACAAAACAGUAACACUAGUACAGAUACUUACAAUAGUUGUCUGACUCAACCACCGAAUAGUCCUCUUAACAAGUCGCCAGGCAAGGGCAAUAUUUUAUGUAGUCCCACAUGCAAGACAUUGUGUGGGAAAAUUUCAAAUGCUCAACAUAAUUUAUAUAUAAAUCCUAUGGAUGACUCCGAUUCUGGUAUGGAAACUAUAAAUUCCGAAUUAAAUGACCUUACGGGUAUUUGUGGUAAAAGUACAUUAGAGAAAAAAGACUCUGAGCAGCCACUAGUUGUAAAUGCAUUUUCUGAUCCGCCAAUUAGCCAAUCGAAUCAAGUGAUACAAAAAUUGAAUGAAGGUUUCACCACAACAUGGCAGCUAUAUCCAAAUCCCCAGCAAGAAGAUGUUAGGCCUGAAAUUAAACCGCCUAGCACUGUUCCACUUGGGAAUCCGAAAAGGUCUAGCCUUAAGAGACACAAAUCAGAGACCAAUGAAAAACAUCCUCAUUUUAGUGAUAUUAAAGAACGCAGCUAUUCAUCAACAGACAAUCUUCACUCGGAAUGUACAUCUUCAAAAAACAAAAGUAUUAAAUUUAGAAAAGCUGUAUCUUUGGCAAGCAGACUUCAUUCUAGUCCUUCAACAGGAAGAAAACUUGCAAAUUAUCACCUCAUCGCAAAUCCACAAUCAGACGAAACGUUUCUCCUUUACUGAGUGAAGAAUUCCAAUGCCGAUGAAAAAGACAGAUUUCAGGAACAUUAGAUAUGGACAGAGUGGCAAAAACAAAAACACGAAGCUGCAGUAGCUCCCCUUUAU